AUGUCGGGUAUGCAAUCAAAAGCAGCCAGGCUUCAAAAGGAGCACAAAGAAAAGCCGUUAGUAAACACCGAGAGGGAAAUGGCCUCAUCAGAGGAUUUAAAGUACAAUGACGUAUCGGCAGUCAUGAUGAAGUUUAGUGCUUUAAUGGAAAUGCAAGACAUGAUGUUUGUAGAGAUGAGAGAAAGCCUUAAAAAUGAUCUAAAGGAAAUGCUGAUAAAACGCACACCACCUGAGGUGAAGAUUUCAGAGGACGGGAGAGCGCAGCAAGAAGGAAAAGAUUCAGCUGCAGAACGGCCAAAGCCGGGAGAGAAAGUGGAGGAGGAAAGUUCUGGAACAGAUGACACUGAAAACCUCACUGUGAAAAGCCAGGCGAAGAGCAAGCUGAGUAGGAAGCAGCCCAAAAAACAACUCAGCAGCCACCGCAGCGGCGUGAAACGCUCGCUAGAGAGGAUGGGAGAAGCCAGGCGUCGUGUAGGUGACAGGUAUAGAGAGAGCAGUGGAGAGGUGGGUGUUCUAGGAGAGGACCCGAAGACUGGGGAGGACGAACCAGCCAAGGAAACAAGACAUCAGAAUAAAGAGAACCCCCUAAAUGCCUCUGGAGGGGGCAGCACGCCACAAGAGGGAGCCAUCCUUAGGCUGGCUGCUGACUUCUCCUCAGCAACGCUGGAUAUCAACAAGCAGUGGGGCCGCAUCUUCCGCCUUCUAAAAGAGAAGGAGCUGGAACCUGAGCUGCAGUGCUCAGUUAAGUUAGCCUUUAAAUGUGACGGAGAAGCAAAGACCUUCUCAGACCUUUCCAGCCUCCGGCAGUUCACCACCACAAAGCCUUUUCUGAAAGAGCUGCUGAAAGAUGUGCUCCCACAAAACGAAGCAAGAAAUGGGCUUCAAGAAAGAUUGGGAAAAACUCUAGGAGACACAAAGCAUGAAGCUAGAAGAAUAGCAUGUGAUAGUUUGAGCUUCCUAUUCAUCAACGAGGUAAAAGUUGCUAGUCCAAACAUGAAGACUUACGAAGAAACGUUGGAGCAGAAGGAUAAAGAAGCUCUCAAGCUGGAGAGACAGGAGGCUUCGGGGGCAGAGGAGGGAGAAGAGACUUCAGAGGGAGAAGCUUCAGAGAUGGGGGAAGAAGAGGAUUCAGAGUUGGAGGAGGGGGAAGAGGAGGAGCAUUCAGAGAUAGGGGAGGAGGAAGAUGCCUCUGUACUCCAUGAAACACAAGACUCAACUUUUCAGGGCCUGACUGUGGUACAAGAGCAUGGAGUUGAGAAAAUCACCAGGAGUGAUGAGAUUGGUUUAAUUAGUUUGAUAGUAGAUUCUGAAACAGACGAAGCAAAAGGAAAUUUAAAGAAGAAUUCCCAGACCAAGAAAAGGGAGACCUUCCAUGGACUUAGAGAACUUGCCUUUAGCUACUUGGUUUGGGACUCUAAGGAGAAAAAUCUGGUCAAGUGCCAGGAGGGAGGAGCAGCUGCCGUGACUAGUCAGGGGAUUGGGAUACCCUGCCUAACCUUGUACUUAACUUCUCCAUCAGAAUCCCUACAGAUAGGCAGUGAUGGUCCAAAAAGCCAUUCACAUUCAAACCUGAGUAUUCCAUCACAAGUCACUCCACUUUUAAUGAACAUGGAGAAAGGGAGAUACAAGAUCCCGCCAGUAGCAGAGCCAACAGCCAAAGACGCAGACUUGAUCCGUGACACUGAGGAAAACUUCAGAAGAAGUGUGAUCAGUACUAUCAGACAGAUGCAGAGGGAGGUUGAAAAUAUUAAAAACCUUUACUUCUUUGAUGUCUUAAAUAUGAAGAGUUCAGUGGAUGAUCUGAAUUCCUUAGCGUGCAUGAUUGAGGCAAGAGUGAAUGAGCAAGAAGAGGCAGUGGAGGGACUCACCAAGGAGACAAUGCAGCUGGCCAAGGAGAUCGUUGAUAAAGAAAGGCUGAGAGAGAGGGAGGAUAGAUUGCGCAGCUCCAACAUCCGAGUGAUAGGAAUCCCAGAAAAAGAAAACCGGGAGAAUGGAGCAGAGGACAUAAUUAAGGAAAUAAUAGAAGAAAACUUUGCCGAGCUAGAAGACUCGAGUCUCGAGAUUGUCAGUGCUCAUCGAAUCCCAAAUGCAGUGGAUGAACACAGACUCACACCCAGACACAUCUUGGUGAAGUUUUGGAGUGCUGGUGAUAAACAGAAAAUCCUGAAAGCUUCUAGAGCAAAAAGAGAAAUAACCUACAGAGGGUCAAAAAUCAGAAUGACAGCUGAUUUAUCACCUGGCACUAUAGAUGCCAGAAGUCAGUGGUCUGGGAUCAUAAAAAUUCUGCAAGAAGAAGGCUUUCAACCGAGAAUCCUUUAUCCUGCCAAACUGGCGUUUGAUUUUAAGGGUAAAACUAAAGUAUUUUUUGAUAUUGAAGAAUUUAAGAAGUUUGUUUCUGAUAUACCAUUUUUGAAAGAAGCGUUGAACAAUGUACUUUAGCAAUCUGGAGUGCUUUCUGUCCGCCAGAGUACAUCCAAAAACCAAGUAAAACUGGACAGUAAACCAUCACAUCUCUGUCCAGAAGGGUGGACAGCUGUUUUUGUUGUUUGUUUGUUUGCUUGUUUGUUUGUUUUUUCAAGGAAAGGAGGAAGCAAUUCACUACCUGAAUGUUGGUUGAGUUAGCAUAUAUGGCUUUUUAAAAUAGCUACCUACCCUGGUGAGGAGGGAUCUUCCCAGUGCAAGCACACACAGGGCAAAGUACUUGAGGCCACAGUCGGAUGGGAAAUGACAGAAUAGAAUAGCCACAGUCUGACUGAAUCAGCACAUUACUCUAUCAUUUGCCAUGAUGUGAGUUUUUAUAUUAAAACUUGACGUUUGAACUA